GCGCCGUGGCGCAGGAGCCGCUCGCCCAAGUGCGCGUGUGCGGCCUCACCUCGGUGGGCCUGGCGUACGGCUUCAUGCUCGCCGACCAGGGUCUGCUGGUUGCUCCCCUCGAGGCCGAGCGCCUCUUUCCCGAGCAGGCCUCGCUGGGCCUCGGCUGCCUGGCGGUCUGCUGCGGUUUGGCGCAGCUCGUGGGCCCUGCCGCCGGCAAGUGGUCGGACUCGUACAGCUCCGUUUUCGGACGCCGGAGGCCUUGCAUGGUGAUGUCGCUGGUCGGCAUCGUUUUUCUGACUGGCGGGCUGCGGGUGUGUUCCGAGCUGCGGUGGCGCAGCUCGUUCCUGCUAGUGUUCUUGCUCCAGCAGGUCUGCUGGAACGUCAUUCUCACGGUGCAGGCUGGCCUCGUGCCCGACCAGGUGCCCGUGGAGCAGCAGGGCUUCGCGGGCGGCGCGACCGCCGCGUUCACCCUCACCGGCGCCCUGGGCGCGCUGCUGCUCGUGCGCCUCGUGGGCGGCCUGGGCCUGCAGACGCACUACGCCAUCGCAGUGGCCCUCGCCGCGCUGUGCACCGCGGCCGUGUGCGCCACCGCCGACGAGGAGCCCUCGCUGCCCGCCUGCCCGCCCGCCCGCGCCGCCAGCGUCUGGUCGCAGGUCUGCGCCUCCUACGAGGUCGACCUGAGCCGGCACCCCGACUUUGCGAAGCUGCUGCUCUCCAAGACGAUGUACUGCUCGUCCGUCAUGGUCAAGGGCUUCCUGUUCUUCUUCAUACAGGACACCUUCCGGCUGAGCGACAACCAGCGGGCGCAGGCGCUGGUGGGCCAGGUGGCCAUCGCCGCCGAGACCACCGCGGCGCUGUCGGCAGGCCUGGCGAUGCUGCUCCUCGACCGGGCCAGGCCCCGCGCGCCCCUGGGCGCGGCCGCGGAGGCCGCCCCCGAGGCCACCUUCGGGGCCCUGAGCCUGCCCACCGCGGCCGCCAAGGAGGGCUGCCAGGUGCCCCCGUGCGCCGCGGGCCGGCUGCUUGCGAGGAGCGCGGCGGUGUCCUGCGCCUCCUGGAUGGGGCUGCUCUGGUUCGGGCCGCUGCUCGUCGGCCUCGGCGUGCUGCGCAGCCGCCAGGCGGGCGUGGAGGCCGACACCGACGGGCUCUGCGGGGCGAGGGUGAAGAGCCCGCGCGUGCCCUCGCCAACGCCCCGCGCGAAUCGGAGCAGCGAGUCCCUGAACUUGUCCCUGCGCGGGGCAGCAG